GUACUGCGUUUAGCCGACAGGGGGCGACAAUGUCCCCGAGGAGCUUCCACUGUGAGCCGAUAGAGGAAGAGCCGCUGUGGGUGCAGCUCGUUAGCCUGAACGUCGCUGUUAGCAGGCAGCAAGCGACUCGCACCGUGUGAUUAUAAAAACUCAUUUGUGUUCAAUAAAACCUGGGACCGGAGCUGUGACCGAAACUCUCCAACGACCGCUUCGCCAAGAUGAGCUUCCUGUUUGGCAGUCGCUCAUCCAAGACCUUCAAACCCAAGAAGAACAUCCCGGAGGGCUCCCACCAGUAUGAGCUGCUGAAACAUGCGGAGGCAACACUGGGCAGUGGCAACCUGAGGCAGGCUGUCAUGCUGCCGGAGGGAGAGGAUCUCAAUGAGUGGAUUGCUGUCAACACGGUGGACUUCUUUAACCAGAUCAACAUGCUGUACGGCACCAUCACUGAGUUCUGCACUGAGACCAGCUGCUCUGUGAUGUCUGCUGGACCAAGAUAUGAGUAUCACUGGGCUGAUGGCACCAACAUUAAGAAACCUAUCAAAUGCUCUGCACCCAAAUACAUCGACUACCUGAUGACCUGGGUGCAGGAUCAGCUGGAUGAUGAGACGCUGUUCCCCUCCAAGAUCGGAGUUCCCUUCCCCAAGAACUUCAUGUCUGUGGCCAAAACCAUCCUGAAGCGUCUGUUCAGGGUUUAUGCUCAUAUCUACCACCAGCAUUUUGACUCUGUGAUGCAGCUGCAGGAGGAAGCUCAUCUCAACACCUCCUUCAAGCAUUUCAUUUUCUUUGUUCAGGAGUUCAACCUUAUCGACAGGCGAGAGCUUGCCCCCCUGCAGGACUUGAUUGAGAAGCUUGGAUCCAAGGACAGAUAGACAUUUCAUCACAUACAGUAUCUCCUUUUUUUUCCUCCAAGUGUUUCCUUUUUUCCUUUGUUCGUCUUUGUGACCUCUGCUACCUCUACAACUUCUUGUCUCAGUUCUAACAAUCUGUGCCUUCUUUUCAUUUCCUCAUUGUUAGUAAUGUAUUUUCUUUUCUUUUAUUCCCUCAGUUGUCUUUCAUGCUGUCUUUGAGCCUUUUUUCAGUUUUGCCAUUCUAGAUCAUAAAUAGUGCAGUGUAGAAAUGUAUUUUUCACAGGACUGUAUGGUUAGCAACUGACUAAGGGAAACUUACUGCAUUUUACAUUGGACCAAGGACAUUUUGGAAGUUAAAGUGAAAACCAGCUUUUUCCGUCAGAGGUGUUAUGAUUGUCUAAAAACUGUUUAGUUAUUUAGCUGAUUUUCUUUUUUUAUUGACUUUUAGCUAUUGUAAUUACCUUGACUGACCAAAUAUCCCAAUAUUUGAUUUUUUGGAAUGUCUGUCAUUAAUGUUCAGUGGAGGGUCACAGGACAGAUAGCGAGAUAAGUAUUGACAUGAAUCCAGUCUUGAUGACUUACUGUGUCAAUAAAAGUGUGUAGAAGGUAUUUUCAGUCCAACAUGAAGGCAGAAAGAAAAAAGAAGUGAUAAAUAUUGUAUAGCUCUGUGUCACCAGCUUGUUGACAUCUGAUAUCCCACGUACAGUGGAGUCCAAAAGUCUGCGACCACUUGAAUGGGAAGGUUAUCUCUCUCUCGACUUUUAGACCCUACUGUGUGUUAACAUGCUUCUGAUUUACAUGCUUAGUAAUGACACAGUCAUGUGUUAAAGAUCGUGAAUAUGAUCUUGCCCCACAAAAAACAACAUUUUCGACUGCAUAAUACUGCAUUAUUUCAAUUAAGCCAUGCAAUAUUGUGUUUUCCACAUUUUCU